GGUGCAGAUCCUCCGCGGCUGACAUGUUUUUAAACGAGUUUAUGCUUUUAUUUCGAUAUAUAUGCAAGUAUUCAGCGUCUUGAGCGGUUCGGUGUCCUUGUCGAAGCUGACGUCGGCCUCGCUGUUUUUGCUAACACCCCUGGAAAUCGCUCCGCGAGCCGAAUUCCCGUUGCAGGCUGCGAAAAGUUUGAGCUCCAUCAUCCUUCGAAGAUGAAGAGGCAGGCCGGGAGAGAGGCUAGUCCGUCCAGGGCCGUCGCUAAACGGAUACGGGAAAGGGAACGAGAGAGCGGACGGAGAGAGGAGCUCCCGCCGCCGCCGCUGGCUCUGCUGCUGGCGGAGAGCCGGGGGUAUCACCGCCGCAGCCGGAGCAGGGAGAGAGAGAAGCCGCGGCUCAGAGAUGAGCGCGCGGCCGCUGCCCUGGAGCUCCACCACCGGCACGAGCUCAGCCUCCUCGGCCGCCCGCCGCUACGUACCACUGCUGCGGCGGAGCUCCCCGCCGCCAGACCGGGCACGCUGGAGUACAAAACUCUGCUCAUCAGCAACCUCGGCUCGCAGGUCUCGGACGAGGACGUGGAGGACGCGCUGUUUCACGAGUUCAAAAAGUUCGGGGACGUGAGCGUGAAACUGUCGCACACGCCGGAGUUGGGACGCAUCGCUUACGUGAAUUUCCGUCACCCGGAGGACGCAAAAGAAGCCCGGCACGCCAAAUCCUCCAGGUUAGUCCUAGGGGAGCGGCAGUUAAAGAUCGAGCCCAUGUACGUCAGAAGGCGCAGCGUCACGCCGCCGGACGCUGGGUAUCUGCCACUGCACGCGCCGUUGCCCUACAGACAGCGUUCCAUUUCCCCGCCCGCUCCGGGCGUGAGUAACAUCAGAGACAUCAGAGCCAGACAUUACGCCCUGGAGACCCUGGGGCUCAGCAGAGAGAGGGAGAGGCUCCUGGAUUAUUAUGGUAUGUUGGAUGAGAGGGGCCGGCCCUAUGGCAUCCCCGCAAUGCCAGUAGUGGAGGAUUUAAAACCGGAGGACGACCAGAGGGCGACCAGCAACCUUUUUAUCGGAAAUUUGGACGGUAAUGUUACAGAGGCAGAACUGAGGAGGGGCUUUGACAAGUAUGGCGUCAUUGAGGAUGUUGUGAUUAAACGGCCUGCCCGUGGACAGGGCGGGGCAUAUGCUUUUGUGAAGUUCCAGAACCUGGACAUGGCGCACCGGGCCAAAGUGGCCAUGCAGGGGCGACUCAUGGGCGGGAAUCCGAUAAAGAUCGGCUACGGCAAAGCUAACCCCACAACGCGGCUCUGGGUGGGCGGUCUCGGGCCGGGGAACUCCCUCGCCGCACUCGCCCGGGAGUUUGACCGCUUCGGAAGUAUACGGAGUAUCGACUACGGUAAGGGGGACAGUUUUGCUUACAUUCAGUAUGAAAGCUUGGACGCGGCCCAAGCCGCCUGCGGCCAGAUGAGGGGGUUUCCUUUGGGCGGCCCCGAGCGGCGUCUGAGGGUUGACUUUGCCAAAGUCGAGGAGAGCCCCUCUCGACCGUUUCCCCCCGGAUACCAGCCGUCCGUCGCGGUCCCCUCCCACUACGACGUCCUCGGGGACGCCUACAGCCGCCAUCGCAGCCUGGAGCGGGAGCUGCGAGGAGCCAGGGACCGCUCACCGGCGCCGCUGCCGCCCACCUACAGCCUCAUCUCGGCGAGGGAGAGAGAGCGGGCGCUGCUGGAGAGAGACUUUCCCAGCAGCCCCACCCGCAGCCUGGAGAGACGAGCGGGCGGCGUGGAGGCGUUCGGGCGGAGCGGGAGAACGGCAAGGAGCCGCAGCCGCAGCCGGGAGCGGUGGCUGAAAGAGAGGGAGGAGAGGAGGAACCGGAGGAGGAGUCUGUCUGCCGACCGGCCGACAGAGGACAGAGAGAGGGAGAAGGAGAAGGAGAGGGGGAGGUCGCGGGUUCGGGGGCCCGUUUCUCCUGAUGCAAGCCCCGACCGAGCGCAGGUUCGAGCGCCGGACUCCACCACGGAGCCCAGAGACCACUCCCCCGCCACCAACAACGACGAGGACCCACCGUCCGGCCGCCACCAUGGCAAAAGAUCCAGCGAACACCUCAACAACCAUCACCACGCCCACCGUGGCAGCAGCGAGAUAACCGCCGCCGUCUCUCCCGCCGCCGCCGCCGCCCACACGGACGCCACGCACACCUCCUCGUCCCCUCCCGGCACGCUGUCGGAGUUCGCCCAGGCGUCGCUGCCCAAAACGUGGCACGGCUUCUUCGCUCUGAAGAACAGCAGCUUCCCCACGGAGCUGUACAUGCUGGAGGGCGGCGCCGCCUUCUUCAGUGCCGUGAUGCGCGACACGCUGAAGCUGCAGAGCCAGAACCAGCCGGGCCAGCUGAAGAUCGCCCAGCGGCUCCGCAUGGACCAGACGCGGCUCGACGAGGUGACGCGCCGCAUCAAACUGGGCCGCCCCGACGGGUUCGCCAUCCUGCUGGCUCUGCAGGGCCCCAUCGACCGCCAGGCGCCCGCCAUGGAGCCGGGGCUGCAGGCGCGGUUGCUUCGCCAUCUGGUGACCUACCUGCGGAACAAGGAGGCGGCGGGGGUCGUGAGUCUGCCCGCCGCGAAAGAGGGCGGGCCCGGGGCGAUGCUGUACGCGUUCCCGCCUGGCGUGUUCUCGCAGCAGUACCUGCAGGCCGCCAAAAGGACUGUGGGUAAUCUGGACGAGGAGCACAUGGUUAUUGUGAUCGUCAGUGACACUAAUUGAUUAUUGUGCCCAGACACUUAAAGUCCCGCACGGAGAGCGAGCGGAGAGGAAACGUAACUACAAAUACUUCCGUGUUGUUUUUAGAAAGAUGUGUUUUAUGGUUUUUAUUCAGUAUCUACACAGCAAAGUACACUACAUCUCUCUUUUACUCUCUUGCUCUUUACUUCUCCCUCUCGCCAGUGAGCGAUUGCUUGUCAUGUUGUUAACGGUGAUUUUUAUGUACGGAAGCGUAUUGCUGCCCCGCCUGGAAAAACAAAAUACAAAUCAGUAUCACGUUAUUUCGUGGGAAUUUUAUAGUAAUAAGAUGUUGUCGUUUGUUUACGUUUAACAAGAUAUUUUGAAGGUUUUAACAGGUAUAGCUUAAAUUAUAACCUCUUCUUUCCUAUUUAUAAUGUUAUAAAGUGAAACUUUUCACGUAAUAAACCGGAUCAUUUAUCUUGUUGGAACACAACAAUUUGUGUCUGCAAAACUAUCAAAACAAAAAAUGUCGUGCUAUAAUGGGAACUCAUGUUGUCUUAACAUGAAAAUAUGUAAUUAUAUGCAACAAUAUGUUGUAAAAAAACGCAAAAAGUAUCUUGUUUUAUUUUCCCUAAUGUGAAAAUAUCUUGUUACUUAAAAAAAAA